CACCGAGGGUAUGCCAGGUGUACAACAAUGUUCAGAAAAUCUUGGAACAGAGGAAAACAUAGGUAAAGCACCCCGCAGUGCAGGCAAUUUCCGGCAAAAGAUCAUUGUUCGUAUAUUUGAAGACCGUACAGCAGUAAAAUCACUCGUGCUGUGUCAAUAGGAUCAAUGAGGUACAUCGAUAAUACGGUGGAACGGCCUAGCAACAGGGAUUUUUCCAAUUUUUACAAAUCCGUUUCGUAUAUCAGUUAGAAAACUAAUGAAACGUAAUUCCUGUUUCCAUAUAUAAAAUAGAAAGAGAAAAUUUUAAUAUUUAAGUAUCUACGAAAAAGUGAAUUCUAUAUUGAUCUUUUGCAACGCAGACUGACAAUGAGUUAAAUGUGUUAAGGAAUUCCAACCCCGGUCUUGUGAGAUAUGGAAUCUGCUGGAAAAGUGGGAUCAUCUUAUCGUUUUAUUAUCCGACCGAUCUACUGCUCGUUUCAAUUUACUCUUGUCUUUUUCUUUGGAAGUGUUUCAACGUUACGAUGUAUUUAUCAGUGGUGUCGUUCAAACGAAACGACCUGUAGAGAGAUCUAUAUAUAUACACGCAGCGCCCACGUUUCAUGCGCGGGCGUCGCGACGGAGGCGUCGUACUACGUAGUUUUGCACUUGCGGUGACCUUGGGAGCACCCACGUAUCAGGGAGAGAAAGAGGGGAUCUUGAAACAACGCGAAGGAUCAAGGACGAGGAUUGAUAAGUAUUGAGGGACGACAAAAAAAAAAGUAUAUUUUUACUCGAUAAACGAAGAUUUGGCAGAGAGAAGAACAGGCAUUAACGCUUUUCCUAAAAUUUCGCAAAAUUUCGUAAAAAAGAGAUUCUCUGAUAUUCUGAUCUCUGUUAUAUGUUUGUAUACCUAUCUAUCUAAGGGAAUCAAAUUGAUUGUAUUUAUUAAGGCGAAUACGACGAAAGGUUCAUGAGAUGAAAGCGUAAAAAGAUAUCAGUUCGUGGAAUCCUUCUCAAGGUAUAAUACGUAAGGGUUAGCGAGCAAGCAAUGCGCCCAUGGAAUAAAAAUAAAACGGCUCGGCAGUCCGAAUUGCAGAAGAAGAGUCAAUCGAAUAUAGCCAUAUAUAUUAGAUGUGAAAUCUCGGGGCAAAUCGAUUGAGGAAAGUUAUGUACAUAAUGCAAAUUGUUAGACCCAUUCGACAUUGUCGAUACAAAGAUAAAUAGAAAGAGAAAGAGACAAAGGAAAAGGAAAAGAAGUAUAGAAAGAAAGGGUCAAAGAGAUUUCGAAGAAUCCGGUGACCUGGCAGUGGCGAACAUAGCACAACGGGGGUGUGGAUUAGGUAUAUGCAUACAUAGAGAAGGAAAGAGGGAGAGAGAAGGAAAGAGGGCGAGAAAGAAGGGGGUGCGCUUGCGCUGUUCCGAUUGGUUAAACGAGAGUCGAGUAGUGGGAGACGCGGGUCUUCAAGCUCGGUUAAAACUACUGUAGUAGACGAAUUCGACUUUAGUGCGGACGGGAAGCUCGAGAGGUGCGAGAUCUUGUAUUCUGUGAAGUACACGUGGUAAGGAAAGGAAGCAAGUAGUAAAAUUGAGAAAAAGAUCAGUAUUUCUGUUACCGCCAAAAACGCUAGGCCUCUUUUUUUCUCUACUAUUGCUAUCUAAGAUUGUGUUUAGAAGGCGUUCGCAUUAUAUAUGUAUAUAUGUAAAUAUCUGUUUAUAAGUACGAUAACAUAUAUACAAGAUCAUCGGUGUCGUCAACAUUGAAUGUUUAUGCUGUUGAAGUUAGACGGUGCUUAACAUCAGGACGAAACGGUUAGCGUAUUAUGAAGUCUUCAUAAAUCUAUAAGAUUUGAGAAAAGUAACGAAAGAACAGAUUAUCUCAAAAUUAUCAAUCUAUCAAGAUGAAACGCGGUCAGAAUUACAAUCGUGGCAUGAACUUUUUUGGAAGAUAUCAACGGGAUCAACAACAACAACGACGACGACAACAUCAACAGCAACAGCAGCAACAACAACGACAACAGCAUCAGCAAAGACAACAGCAGCAGCAACAACAACAACAGCAACAACAACAACAGUUACAACUACAGCAGCAACAACAACAACAACAACAAUUACAACUACAGCAACAACAGCAGCAGCAACAACAGCAACUACAGCAGCAACAACAACAACAGCAACUACAGCAGCAACAACAACAACAGCAACUACAGCAACAACAACAACUAAUAUUACAGCAACAGCAUCAUCAACAGCAGCAGCAGCAACAGCAGCAGCAGCAACAGCAGCAGCAGCACACACAACAAAUACAACAAUUGCAGGAACGCAACGUCGAUAUGAAUGCGUUAUGUCUGUUUCAGUCCGGUUCGGAAAGUCCAGCAUGUACAUCAUCAGAAAGUAGUUCAACUUCUCAAGGCUACAACAGCCAAUCACCGGAUGAUUUAAACGUCGAUUCGUUGAUUAGUAGCCUUUUACAGGUCGUAAAUGGUGAUAAUUAUAACGCCAGUCCUAUCUCUAACGACGUUAGUUUUCCUCUAUCAGGAGACCUCACGCAUAGAUGUAGAGACUGCCCAGAUGGGUCCUGCGAAUCAUGCUUAAUAGGGCAUCAAUCGGUAAGGGGUAACUCCUCUUACUUCUUAGAACUAUGUCUUUCGCUUAGCAACUUUGUGGUGGAAAUGGAUCAUUUGGACUUUAAUCCGAUAUCAGAACGAAACGCAAUGCAAAAUGUACAACAAGAAACUUCGACUUUAGCGCUGAUGUCUAUGCGUCUUCAAAGAAGACCAGUAGUCUAUUGCGAAAUUCAUGGAGCUCACAAAUUUUACUGCCAGACUUGCAGUAAAUCCUAUUGCGGAGAAUGCGGUGUCUAUCACAAUGGACACGCGACGAUAAAUGUGGCAGAAGCGAUGGAAAGUGCCACAGCGGAAGUUACUCGAGUAAUGAACGAAGCCCGAGGCGGACUUAAUACUAUGAGACAAGAUUUGAACGCGUGUCAAAUGACUGCUGAGCUACUAGAACGGAAAGCGAGACAAGCAACGGCUGACGUGGUACAAUGCAUAAAAAAAAUAACAAAUGCUUUGGAGACACGUGAAAGAGAGUUGUUACAGAGAAUACAAGAAGCAAAAUUAUUAAAAUUCUCGGCAUUGAAAGCGAGAGAUGAUGGACUCCGAACUGGAAUAGUCCAAAUGACGAAAACCAUGAAGAAACUUGGUUUAGCUGUUGAUAACUAUAAAAUGGGCAAUAAUCCAAGGGAAUUGAUAAUCAGCAAGGAUAAGGCAGCAUCAGAGAUACAUAGAAUUCGUCAGAUUCGGCACAAUUUGCCGCCGGCACAAGAACCCUGGAUAACGUUUACUGGAUCAUCAUCUAACGCGAUUCAGACUCUUCUAAACCUGGGUUCGAUCGUAGUGAACAAUCCAGGUCACAUAGGUGAUCGCCGAUUUUUGAGAGGCUGUGGAAAUUCACUUCCACAACUAUUACCACCACCGUCACCGUUUCCUCGAUCACCUUCAAACGCUAUAGUUCCUAUAGCACGAGGAAGACCAAUACCGAUGAAUGAUUAUCCUGUGACAGUUUGGUUUGGAUCAAACACUCCUAACCGCCCACCACAGAUAAUUGCAAAUAAUGGCGAUCCUAGAGAUAGUCUCUGCAGACCUUGGGGUGUUACAUGUGACAAGGAAGGAAACAUAAUCCUAGCCGAUAGAUCGAAUAACCGUAUACAAAUUUAUCGACUGGACGGUACCUUAGUCAGAAGAUUUGGUACAUAUGGUACUGGUCCUGGACAAUUUGAUCGACCUGCUGGUGUAGCAGUCGAUGCACGUCGACGUAUCGUUAUUACUGAUAAAGAUAAUCAUCGUGUCCAGAUCGUAACGAUGGAAGGUCACUAUAUAACGAGAUUUGGCGCGAGAGGAAGUCUAUGCGGUCAAUUUAACUACCCAUGGGGUGUGGCAGUAAAUUCCGAUUGUCUAAUAGUUAUUUCCGAUUCAAGAAACCAUCGCCUACAAAUGUUCAGUCCAGAAGGUAUUUUUCUUCGUAAAUUUGGACAUGAAACAAAUCCUAGCAUGUGGAAAUAUUUCGACUCGCCUCGUGGAAUUGCUUUCAAUCCGGAAGGCAACGUUGUCUGUACGGAUUUCAACAAUCAUCGAAUUCUUAUCAUCGAUAUUGACUUUAUGAACUCUCGCAUUCUUAAUUGUGAAUAUACUAGAGGUCAAAAACCAUUCCUCAGACCACAAGGCAUGGCUAUUGAUGAUGAUGGUAAUAUUAUUAUUUCGGAUUCAAGAAAUAACAGAAUACAGGUAUUUAAUUCUUCUGGAGCAUAUAAAUUUACGAUCGGCAAGUUCGGUACAGGAUUAGGUGAAGUAGACAGACCAUCUGGUGUUGCGUUGUGCCCAGAUGGUAGAAUCGUAGUUGUGGAUUUCGGUAACAACCGAGCCAUGUUGUAUUGAAACGAAUUUUGAUGAAACACGAGUAUCAAACACAAAGUGUAGAUAUUACGUAUACUCUCUCUCCCUUUCUUUCUCUCUCUCUUUCUAUAUAUAAAUAUAUAUACACAUACGUAUACAUAUAUUAGAUAUAUAUAUCAUAAAUAUCCAAAAGAGGAUACAAAAGAACCGCGUUUUUGUUCAUUCGCGAGACAUUAGAAGCAAUAUUUUCGUACUAAUUGUAUAUAAUACGAUACGGGAAUACAUGGAUGUUCCUUCCUCACUUUCGGUGCCAAGAUACGAGUACAAAAAAAAUAGAGAGAAAAGAAAACUAAUCUUUGGUUUCAGAGUGUUCGAAAACUAUGCUAUUAGCCGGUUUAUUAUGCUUCUUAUAUAUAUAUACAUACAUAUAUAUAUAUAUAUGUAUAUAUAUAUAUAUGUUGUUUUAAAACGUGCACAAUCGGGUCUUUGAACUCCGGUCAAAUAUAUUAAAAAGAUAUAAAAAUAUCGCAAAUUAUGUAAAGGGAUGACGAAAUAUUCAAAACAAUAAGUUAUUUUUAAACCUUCUUAUGAUAACAUAAAGAGGAUAACAUUGAAAAAUACUAAAUAUAUCGUUUAUAUGUCGUUUUCCGGCUAAAAUAUGCCCUUUGUUUGAGAGUUUCUUUUUUGUUUCAUCUUUUUUUCUCUUAUUUUGUUAUAAAGGUAAGUAAUUCGAUUCCAAUUAUUUACGAUUACGUAAAAAUUUAAUUUUUUUUAAAUACGAAGCAUCGAAUCGAAUUUUAUUCGCUUAUUUUUAUAGCAAAAUAAGAAAAAAAAAAGGAUAGAAAAAGAUACCCAGAAAAGCGCAUAUUUUAACCAGAACGCGACAUAUAAACGAUACGUUACUUAUUUUUCUAUGUUAUCUUCUUUAUAUUAUCAUAAGAAGGUUUAAGAAAAACUUGUUGUUUUGAAUAUUUUGUCAUUCUUUUACGUCGUAUAGGUUAUCAUAAGAGAAGGUUGGAGAAGUUAUCGAUAGAUGUUUAGGUACAAGAGAAGGAUAAAAAAAAAUUUACAUAAAAUAACGAUUAUUGUUUGUCUUUAAUGUAGUUGUAUAACGAUGAGACGUCCUUUAUUUAAAGAACAAUUAAGAACAUACAAUGCAUUUGAAAUGAUGUGUUGUGCAAUAUAUGUUUAAUGACGACUGUCAAGGAAAAAUUUUCAUUUAAAUAUUUUUAUACAUUAUUUCACGAUUCAAAUAACAUCUUCCUAUUGAUAUUUUUUUAAAUAUUUAGGAUAAGAGUAAUAAAUAGACAUAUGAUCUCUCGAUUUUAUUUCAUUGAUAUCUCCUAAUUAAGAAACUUCUUUUCAUUCCCCAUAUCCCGUAAGUUAUAAGUUUGCAAAAAUAUUUUUAAUUAUUUGCUUGAACAAUGAUGCGCAUUGUCAACUAUGAAAGACCAUUUAAAUAGGUGAUUGUGAUAAAAUGAGAUCAAAAGAUCGUAUAUCUAUUUAUUACUCUUAUCCUAAAUAUUUACAAAAUAUCAACAGGAAGAUUUGAUUCGGAUCGUUCACAAUUUCUAGCUACAUUCGUUUCGUAAAAUUUAUAGCAAUGACACGAUUUAUAAAAAUUAAUCCUACAUAUCAAGCACAUUUUGCUGUACUUUAUGCGAUUUAUCGACAAUUUAUGUGUUAAUUUCACUUAUGCAUGCACGAUCUUUCAAAGAUCGAAACUCUUAGAGUCGGAAUUUUUUAUCGAUUAUUAACAUCAUACCGGACAAAUAGAAAAAGAAACGAAACUGCGUUUGUCGUAAGUAUAAAAUUAAUAAUCUCUGUUGAAAAAGAAGAAAAUAGAAAGAAAGAAAAAAGAAUAAAAUAUGACAACAGGCCUCUGAAAUAGCACUAACAUAUUUGCUUUAAUUUGUAACCAUUAAAGGUUAAGUCAUCGAUUAUACUUCAUACCAGCAUAAGACUGAAGUAAGACUGAUUUAAGAAAAAAAUAAAAAAAUAAUAAAAAAAAAUAAAAAAGAGAAAAAAAAGUCCGGUAUCCUUCUGUUGAUACAUUGUAUAACAUACGUUGCGUGAAAUUAGAAAUAACAUAAAAUGAAAAAAAAAAGUUAAAAAGUAAAAUAAAAUAAAAAAAAGGAUAAAUAAAAUAACGGAAAAAGAGGGUGGAAAAAAAAUCAUCACAUUAUCUCGUUUGUUUAUAUAUUAUUUCGAUGUUUUUGUUUUCUUUAUUAAUUAGCAUUAUAUAUGGAUAAUUAAAUUAUGUUUGUGUAAUCGUUUUAUGUUUAAUCCAUUUGCCUUACAAUUUUAAAUACACAAUGAACUUCAUAAAUCAUGGACGCUUAACUAACAGUUCCUCCGUAUCAUUAUGGAUAUACAAGUUUCUUCUUAUUUUCUGUAAAAAAGUCAUCGUGCACUAUUUUUUCCGAGUUCAGUUAUAUGUGACAAUCAUCAUAUGCGAUUUUAUGUUUCUACAAUCAUUUUGCGUUUUAAUAAUUUUAACAUCUAACAAAUCAUAUUACAUUUGAACAACAUCAUAUUCUAUCCUAAUAACCAUAAUCCGUUCUAGUGCAUGUUUCGUCUUUUUUUUUAUUGUUAUAAUAAAAAUAAUUAUAUUUACAAGGUGCUAUGCUGAAACCGCGCCAGUAUUAAAAAAAAUUUUUUGUGUACGUCUUUUGAUUGAUUUUAAUAUUUCUUUAUUUGUGAUCGUUAUAUGUAAUGUUUAUAUUCUUUUUUAAUUUAUCGACAAUGUGUUAUAUGUGAUAUAUUAUUUGUGAGGAUAUUUUCUUUUUCUUUUGUUAUAUAAAGAAACAAUUUUUUGCACAAAAAAUUUUUUACUUUGCAGGUCUUAAGAAAAAAAAAAAAACAACUUUAAAAUUUACUUUGAACUAAGUGAUAUUUGUGGAAUCUAGUGAAAAAAGUUUUUAAUUAGUGACACGAGAUUAAAAAUUUUUGUUUAAUACGUUCAUUGUUAAGUAAUUUUGAAGUGUCACUAAUAAAUUAUAAAUAUCGAAGACGGUAUACGUUACAGUAAAUUUACAUGUUUCAAUUUUUUGACCGAUUCGGCGUCAACCGAUAAUACCGAAUCUCCUGAUAAAACAAUGGAAUCGCACGUAUACCAUUGGCGACCGAUUCACUUUUUAUCAACAGAUGCAGUGUCGUCGGUUGCCGAUACAGUCAAAAAAUCCGAAACGUAUAAACUUGCUUUUAUAUAGAGUUUAACAAAUGUAUAUAAAUUUUGUAUUUUUUUUAUAAAAUGUGCAAUAUAACAAACAAAUAAGUUUAUUCCGCAUUAAAAAUAGGCAAGAAUUAAAAAAAAAAAUGUUAAUUUUUCAAGAUUCCAUUUUAGUUUCAUUUUGUUGCGAUCACUUUUUUAUUAAGUCCAUGAUGAUUUUUCUUGCUAAACACGUAUUUUUUACAAUUAAUUUUUGUAUCAAAUUUAUCUUUGUGUAUUAAUUCUUUUUUAUCUAAUAAAUUAUUUUGUAUAAUCAUUAUAAUUUUCCUUUUUGCUUAUGUGUUGCUUUUCUUUUUAUUCUUUUUCAUGAUAAUGCAAACAUUUAACCACCCAAUUGCAAAAUAAAUUUUUGCAGUUAAAAAAGCUGCAUUGUGCAAUCCUGAUAAUUCAUUAUGCCGUGCAUGUAUCGUUAUCGGUACACGGCUUAAAAAAUGUUGCAAAUAUUAUCAUAAAGCAUGCAUUAGUGAUUCUAGCAAUUAUUUCCUUGCAUUUUCCCUAUGUCAAAAAAAAUGUUACUUUAUAUGAAAAUGAGAUUCAGUGUGCAAGGAAUGCAUUCAAAUGAAAUUUCUGUUUGAACGUUUAUUCCGAAAGUGAGACAGAAAUAAAAUACUUCCAUGCACGACCCGAUACAAUUUCAUUUUUACGAUUUUAUUACUUGAGCCUGACGAUUAUUCAUAAUAAAAUAAAAAAUCUCAUUAUACGAAUUCUUCGAAAUUCAGUAAUAAAUAUAAAUGAUAUGUGAUCAAAAGUCACUUAGAAGACUAUAAAAAAUAAAUAAGAUAAAUCCGAUAACGCGGGGCUCUUAUUAAGCGCUUUUUAUUUCUCUUUGUACUAUCGCUUUUAAACAUCGUAUAUAUCAGUUUCUAUAGAUGUAUUCUCAAGUUAGAUUGGUUAUUACAUAGAGAAAUAAAAACACGUCUAUAUUAAUGUUUUUCGAUUUUGAUCUCGCUUAUCCACUCUGCAAGAGUGUUUAAUAAUCAAAUCAAGGUAUACAAUUGGAGUUGCGAGUAUAACAAAAGAGUACUUGUAAAAUUAAGUUUUGACUGAUAUAUAGUUUUCAAUAAUUUUAUUAAAAAUAUAUUUAUCCCUUGUGCGUGCGCGCACUUACUUUACGCACUCAGAAAAUAUAUUUUUCUUGAAAAUCCCAAACGUCUUAUUUAUUAAAUAUGUUAUAUAUCAAUCAAGCAAAUAUUUAUUAGAUCUUCUCUUUUUAACCAUUUUUGCUUUACUUGCGAUGAGCGCAUAAGCAAAAGUCAAAUGUAAAUUAUAAAAAUAUUUGUUUCAUGUAUGUACUUGAACCAAAAUGUCGACGAAUACACUUUUUGAUCUCAUUUUUACGAACAAACUUAAUACGCUUGCCACAAGUAGAAAAAAAUGGUUAAAAUGAUGUGAUUAAUACAAUCGGAUAAGAAUUUGUGGUUUACUGAUAUAUAAUAUAUCCAAUACAUGUAUAUAAAUAAGAUAGAGAUUUUCAAAUCGCGUUGAAGUUAAAAAAAAAUGUACCACAAAAAUCAAGGAUUGAGUGUAUGUAAAACCAAUGAUCAGUAUUUACAUUGUUAAUUAACAAAUAGAAAAGAAAAAAAGAAAAACAGAAAUAUGAAAGGAAAAAAAUAUGAAAGGAAAAAAAUAUGAAAGGAAAAAUGACUGUUAACCUCUCCGAUACUAUUAUUGUUCGCCGCGUAGUAUUUACAUGACUGCCGAAGACAAAUGUAGAAUGUUAAAAAAAUUUUACUUUAUUAUAUAGUACUUAAUCUAAUAUAAUUAAAUAAUACUUAAUAAUACUUAAUUAUAUUAGAUCAAGUUAUUUAUAAUAGGUCGCGUAAUAUAAGAUCUUUAUACGUUUUUGCCACAUACAAAAAAUGCAUCUUUUUCUCUAGAUUUCUUUCUUUUUGAUUUUGUCAUUGUAUAGAACAGACAAAUAUUUUUUCGUAAGAUGGCCUUUCUACUUCCAUCGGCUGCAUAUAUAUUUUCUGGCUUUCGAUUUUUAAAUUUGACUAUAGUAUCGAAGGGGCUAAUAAAGUUACUUAUAUGGAUUAGGUCUUAAUUCGAUUAAUACAUUUGAUUAAGGUCAAAAAAACGGAUGUUUCUUGCAACAUUUAUGUCUAUAUAUAUAUAUAUAUAUAUAUAUAUAUAUAUAUAUAUAUAUAUAUGUAUAUAUAUGUAAAGCAUUAGAUAUUAAAUGAGAUUAAAAAAAAAUUAUACAUUUUAUAUAAUACGUGCAAAGGCAAUGCAAAACAAUUCGGAGACUGUCUCCAUUGGCAAUGCACAACUUCUAUAUUAUCUAUUUGUUUACAAGAACCUGUAUCUUUUCUUUUUUUCUAAUUCGAGCAAAUUCGAAUAAUAUUUUUUUAUUUAUUAUUUAAUAUAUGAGAUUUAUCACAGAUAGAUAGGAUGCGAAUGAGUUAUAAGCUACUGAAUGAAAGUCGAAAUGCGCGCCAAAUAUUUUGAUCGAUGGAUAGUUAAAAGAUUUUAUGUAAAAGAAAAUUUUGAAUAGAAACGAGAGACGUAUGUGACGUUGAAAUCGUAAGAGAAAUAUUUUACACGUAGAAACGAAGAAAAAAUGAAAGCGAAUGAAUGAAAAUGUUAUUGAUUUGACUGCCGAGGCAUGCUUAUCUUAUAUUUUUCUUAUAAAUACGCAUUUAAAUACUCUCUUGUAAAUGUCUUUCUCUAAAUGUGUAUACUAGAGAUCGUUAAACAGAAAGUACAUGAUUUCAACGAAUAUUUUGGGAAAUUUUCCAAAAUGAAUGAAAAUAACUUAAUAAUAAACAACAGCGUUUUUGUGCUGCUGAAUCAUGAAUACUUUAACGAAAUAAGUUCCUGUAAAUGUAUUUUAGAAACGUCUGCAAGCAAAAUUUAAUAAAUCGAUAUCUAUAAUAUUAAUUUCUAUAUGAUAGAAAAAAAAAUUCAAGUAUUGUAUCGAGCGUUAUGUAGACGACGAUCUUCAUGAAAAAAUCGUCGUUUUAAUUUUAUUGAGACUCUAUUCGCACGAUCGAUAAAGACAUAAAAAGAAAAGAUAUGUUACGAAAAGGAAAAAGUUAACUUCUAUUUAAAAGAAGUUAAUUUAAAUUUGAUAGAUCACGAAGAAAAAGUAAACGACUUGAUGUUAAUAUAGCAGAAAUGUUGGCGCCUUUUUUAAAAGGCUUACACAAAAAGAUAUUUUUAAGUAAAAAUAAAAAAGAAAAAAUUCUGCUUAUGCGGUUAUUUUUAAAAAAUAAGUGCAAAUCAUAAAAAUUUUUGAACUAUCGUCAUAGUACUUCACAAUUUCUUUUCAAACUUGUUCUCAAAAAAAUCAACAGCGUUACUCUGUUAUUGAGUUAUCAUUGUUAAUACAUACUUUGACACGUGCGCAAUUACACGUCAGAUUUCUUAUAUUCGAAAUUUCUUUCAAUUUUGUUUUAUGACAAUUGAUAUAAUAAUACAAUCUCAAUUUGCAAUUAAUAUCAUUAAUUUUUCACGUACUGAUCUAAUUUGUUAAAUUGUAAAAUUAUAAUAUUGGUGCUUUUUCAAUGUAAUUGAAGCAAUAAAAAUUUCUUAUAUAGAAAAAUAUUAAUAAAAUUCUUUUUGUUCUAAACUAAUAUUUUAAUGAAUGUUACGAUAUAUGCUGGAAUUUUAUUGAUAUUUUUUAUAUUCUACAAAAUUUUUUUAUAUUCUACAAAAUUAAUAUUAUGAUUAUUUUAUAAUUCAUAUUUAUUUAGUUAUUUAUUUAUUCAAAUAAACAAUCGUUAAGAAGAAAUAGAAUAUUACUUGCUUAUCAUCAUAGAUAUUAAGAGUACCUGCGAAGUAUUGUGUCGAUUUAAUUACAGGAAGCAAGACGACAUUAAAAAAUUUCGAAGAAAGUUCCUAGUAUUUGAUUUGCGGCAUUGUCCAUUAUUUAUAAAAAUAAAAAAAAUAUAUAUUAUAUGUAUACCUGUGCGAAUACGUAAUAAUUAUUAUAUAUUAUCGUUACUUUUACUUCUAUCGUUUCUAUUACUAUUCUAUUACUGGUUUUCCUUCUAAUUCUUUUCCAUUGGUUUUCCUUCUAAUUCUUUUUCAUUGUUAUCAUUGUUAUCGUUAUUAUUGGUUUAUCAUUUAUAAUCAUUCCGAGAUUGUGGUUUCAAUCAUGUUUAUCAUCAAAUUGCUGCGUAUGAAUGUAUACAUUACAUGAAAAAAACAUGCACAAAACAAAUAAGUGGCAUGCCUUUAAUAAUAUUGUAAUGAUAUUCAGAGAAUAAUAAAGAUGCGCGAAAAAAUUUUCUGGUAUA